GACACCGCCCCCUUCUCCCCAGCCACGUGCGUUGCCCUUGGCAACAGCCAGGGCCAUGGUGGGGAAGACGAAACAGCCUCGGUUCCGGCUGCACUCGGCGGCGGUGAAACUGACCGGGUCGGCCCAGGCAGAGAGCGAGCCUGCCCGGGCAACCCCCGUGUCAUGGCCCCCGCCCCCACUCUCCGUGGAUGCCAGGAGGCGACUGCAGGAGGAUGCCGAUCGCUUGCCGCCUUCGCUGUUCGCCGGGACCAAAAUCGACCCGAGUCUGCUGGUUGGGAAGCUGGACGACGACGAGCGCAAGUCGGUGGCGUCUAGCCAGAGAGGUGACAAGGUUCAAAUCUCAAAGAAAGAGAAAAUAAAACAAAGGCAUGAACAAUGGCUUCACAAAAUCGAGAUGAUCAAACUGGCAAAACAGAAGAUGAAAGCCCAAGAGAAACGGAAAUCCACCCCUGUUGUGGGAGACAUGCAGCCACUUUCUGAUGCACUGCCAGAGUUGACAGAAUUGAUCAGUGAAAGCAACAGUUCAAUGGCCAAUAAAUCAAAGAGCCAUGCAAAGAAGAAACCAGAAAGAAUACAGUACAGUAAGAUGAAGCAAGCUCAAAAACGGAAAUUCAUAGAAGAAGAAGUGGCCCAAUUCAAACUUACCAUUGAGAACCCAGCAUUUAAGGCAAACCCUCUUGCAGCAAUCAAUGAGCAUCUCCAAAAGAGAAUAAGACAAGAAGAUGAAAUCUGAAGUUCUAUAAAAUACAAGGACUUCUGCCAGAGGGAAUGUGAAAUAAUUUGCAAGUUGGCUGCAUUUGUCAGACCUUGUGUCAAAAAGUAUUAAUUGCAUAUACUGUUGCUGAAUGGGAAUCUUUCGCACAGCCCUUGGGUUAAAAUUACUGUCCAAAUGAAGAGACUGUCGGCAGGGAAACAGAAAUUAAGAAACGGAGAGACACACAGAUGCUGAUUAAUACACAAAAGGACACCGAGCUGGAUCCGAAACAUCACCUAUUCAUGUUCUUGAGAGAUGCUGCCUAGUCUGCUGAGUUACUAGAACAUUUUGUGUCAAAACAGAUAUCAAUGUUGUUGUGUGCAGUGCAAGAAUUUUUAUUUUAACAUCUCAGAAACAUGUUUUGUAUACAUAAUAUAUACAAAAAUAAAGAAUGGCUGAACACCACAGCUCUUUAUUUGAUUUCCCAA